UUUCAGUUGACUGUUGCGGUAACUGCAUGCACAUCGAUUCGUUGUUUCCAUUCUGCGACCGACGACCGAACGAAUUUGUAAAGUGGUGCGCGUGUGUAAUAAAAUCCAAAAACCUUAUAUUUAUUUGGCUGACAUUUCGCGCUCCUCAGUCGAGUAUUCGAGUUGUUUGUGCUCUGUUUCACCAAAGGAAUAGGAUAUAUUAUCACAUCGAGGCGGAAAAAAAUCGAUAAUCUUCUCACAACCAAGCAAUAAAAAGCCUAUUCAGUGUCGAAGUAAUAAGGGAAAGUAUUUACGACGUAAAAAAUCACAAAAACAUUGUUUUGAUAGAGAAAAGAACAACAAAAAAGAAAUACGCACGGAAAACUAAAGAAUCAACGUCCGUUUUUUCAUGCCAAGAGAUAACAAUCCAAGUAAUAAAAGUGUAUUUGUUUUGACCACAUGUGAAUGUGUUUGUGUAGUGACAUAGAGUGAGAGUUUUUGCCAAUAAAUCGAAAGCAAAAAAAGUAAGAAAGAAAGUGCAUGCGAGAUAGUGAAAACUGCGUUUCAAUCAUAAAGUGUCACAUCGAUUACUGAUUUGCAUUUACAUAAGCGUGACGGUGUGUUUAUUUGAUUUAUUUUGUCAUUUUCGCCCAGAUCGUGUUUUUGCAAAUUGAAAUUUGUGAAUUGUGCAAUUGUUUGGUGCCAUGCGGGACCUGGCUAACAAAAUGGCUGAGUUAAAGUUUGAAGCUCCAUUGGCCAAAUUUGAAGAGACUGACGAAUGGGGUCCAGUUGACUACCAAUCAUCGAAUGCAACACUCAAAGCGGCCAUCACCGAUGCGCUCAAUCUGAAUCUUAAAGAGAAUGACAAUCUAUAUUUGUUGGAAGAGGCAAUCAAAGGCAGUUGCAACAACACCAACAAGGAUAGUAAUAAAAAUGAUGAAAAACAAACGUUGACCGAUUUAAAAUCGGAUUCGUUGAAUUGCAACAACAAUUUGAAAGAUACAAUGGACAAUUUUGCCGAAGCGUUCACCGGAAGUUUGGAGGAUCUAGUGAAUACAUUUGAUGAGAAAAUCACCAAAUGCUUUGGCAACUAUGAACAAUCGCUUGAGGAAUUGGCACCCGUGCAAGUGCGGAGUGUCGAAGAUGUUAUGAACGAAUCACAAAUGUGGUGGACUAUAACUGGAAAUUUUGGUAACAUUUUGCCAAUUGAUUGGACAAAAUCACAUGCACGUCAAAUGCACAUGCCGGCAUUGCAAUUGAAUCAACGAUUAGCUGAAACGCCAGAUGAUGAAUUAAAUGACUUAAGCUCUGAAGAUGAGGCGGUUGCAAAUGAUUUGGACAUGCACGCUUUGAUCUUGGGCGGCCUUCACACUGAAGACGAGCCCAUUAAAUCGGCUGAAGAGGUGAUCAAAGAAAUCGAUGACAUUAUGGAUGAAACAUCAUCGGACAAUGAAGACGCCGCCGAAGUGUCAGAAGUCAUGGAAAAAGCAAAAGAAGUAUUGAGAUCACCACUAUAUGAAGAGAAAUUGCAAAAAAUGUCAACCACACAGCUCAAUGAACUUUACAUGGAAAUGGAAGUGUUGAUUUGUGAAUUUUCCGAAACCCUCAUAAAUGAAUUGGCAUUACGUGACGAGCUCGAAUACGAAAAAGAAAUGAAAAAUACAUUCAUUUCGUUGUUGUUGGCCGUACAAAAUAAACGACGCCAAUACCAUGUUGAAAAGAAGCGCAACAAAACACAAGGAAAAACGACACCAAAUGGUUUGGAACCAAAAUACUUGACCACAGUAAUUCCAUAUCAUUUAGAAAAUGGCACGCCGGACAAUCAAGCUUUGCAAGUUUUGAUAAAAAUUCUGAAAGCGAUAAAUGAAGACAGUCCAACGGUGCCGACACUUCUUACAGAUUAUAUAUUGAAAGUGCUGUGUCCAACGUAAACGAAGUGAACAUUUACAAAACACAUCCCAAGAGAAAUGAAAACCAAAUUCAACAAACUCACUGGAACAAACACACAUACACAACAUUUAUUUAUAUAAUUCAAAUAACUUCUACUGUCGUUCUCACUCCUGCUACCUAUUUGCUACAACAAAACCAAUAAACAUAUUGUUAUAUUCAAAUGCUCUGCCAGUGCAGAGUGAACCACUAUUGAUUUUGAGCAAAAAUUGCAUGAGUAACACUAGUUUCAGAAAUGAAAGAAAGAGAAAAUAAAGCUGCAACUUUACAAAUAGCUUAAGAAAAGUUUUAUCCAACACAAAAAAUAUGAAUUCUCGCUUGAUAUGCAUUGAAAUCAUGAUGGCAUUCAAUGAAAAAAGAAAUCCUCAAUCGAUUUUAUCCCAAGUCUAUCGCAUCGCUGAAUGGCAGUCACAUUCACAUCUUUUAACUUCAAUUGCAUUUUUUUGUUUCUUUUUUAUUAAGUUCAUAAAUGUAAUCAAAAUCCAGAAAACAAUACUCAAUAUCGAGCAUAAAAGUGUUUCCCUUCAUUAAGAAGCAUUCGUAGUGAGAAGAGCAUAUUUUUCUAAUUUUUCUAUUAGUGAAUCAACAAUUUAGUUAAUCAAAACAAAAAUGUAACAAAAAAAAACAAUACUAUUUUUUCAGCAUCGUGCUUUAAUUUGAUACGCCUGGACAUUAUGUGUAGCUAGUUAUUUGGCAUCAAUUUUUUUCAAUUAUUUACAAAAUUGUUCAUUUUAGCAAACCAAAGUAGCAAAAAUAUAAGAUUUUAGGCCGUCGUGCAUAACAUUAUACUGCCACAAA